AUGGCGUUGCGACUAAAAAAGGAUAUAAAGAAAGCCUCUUACUAUGUGUGGUUCCUCGGUGCGCAGGAAUCGCGCGGUCUGAGGGGAGAGGAGUUCGCACUACCCGCGAUACGACUCUUAGAAGAGAGGGCGAGAGACUUGGAACCUUUUAAAGUUACAUUGCAGGUGUCCCACAAAGGAUUGAAGAUUAUUCAAAAUGUAACUGCCAAGGGCAAGCAACAAACCAUCAAGCACUUCAUACCGCACGGCAGCAUCACGAGCGCGGUGGUGCAGGGGGAUGUUGUGGCGUGUGUCCUUCUGCUGUAUAACCCCAUCACUGGGUGCCCUGUCCAUGUACAUGCUUACAGAUGCGACUCGGAUCAUACAGCUGAGAUGUUAUACACACAUCUGCUAGCUUUGAUAGAACGACCGGAAAACCAGAAGAAAUUCGCUGAUAUUGAAAGAAAACUUCAGAUGCGAGGAGCUUUGCCAUCCAAGAAACCUCCUGAUUCCUCACUCGGCAGUGAAGUGUCCAGAGAAUCUGACUCCGGCAGCAAUGAGGACAGGAACGUGGCGAAUUUGUACGACAGUCUUGCUGCAGAGUUGAAGCAAAAGUUGUCUACAGGUAAAAAGGGUCUAGGCAAAAGUCCGAUCCUCCUACCUCCACGAGACUACGACACCGUACAUCGUCAAAAAGGCAACUUGAACAACAUAGAUACAAGGCGUUGCUUAAAUCAGAACAUUGUAGGCAUAAAUGCUCGCCGUAAACUGGAGUCUUCGGGUGGCAGUUCUGGAAUAGGAAGCGACCUCGCGCCCUCGCCGGAGAGAAACGAAUACCCGCGACAUGAUAACCAUAGCACUAGCGAGGAAGACUGGGCAGAGAGUACAGCGUACUUAAUGCAUGAAGCCUUCGAUGCGUCUCCACCACGUCGAGCGCCUUCCCCGCGCCGCUCCUCUCCCCCGCGCCGCACCCUAUCUCCGCGUAACUUUGAGAGAGCUUACAAUGACGACUACAGCGACCAGUACCGUGACCAAAUCCCAUCAUUCCGCGACCAAGCAACCUUCGAUCGCAGGUUUCGUCACGAAUCUCUCGAGCGAAAGGACAAAACAGAAAAAUUCGAUGACGACACAAGCUAUAGAAGGAGAUAUGUCGCCGAAACAAAGCCUUCUAAUAGAAGUAUAGACAGGGUAGAAGACCGCAGGUUUGGUAAGCUGCAAAGAGGGGCAAGCGAGGGCAGUCUAAAAGUCGCCGAUACCUCCCCAAAAGAACGGUUCGUUGUUGCUAAAGAAAAAUUCAUGAACCUGGAGAGGGAAAGGUUUAACAGAGAACUCCAAGCUCACAUGGCGAUGCGGAGGAGCAUGCUAGAACGGAAUAGUCGCUCGACUUCUUCCCCCGAGGAAGAAAGGCGAGACGAGCGUCAGGACCGACCAGUAAGCUCUCGGCGAGAAGCUGACCGUUCCCAUCGCGACAUAGAACGUUCUCUCAGGGAACCGGACAGGCGCAAAGAAGAAAGAGUUCGUGAUUUGGCAGCUCCAGACUUAGCCCAGAGAGAAAUUGAAAGACUUCCUCGAGUUGGUCGAAAGCGUGAUGAAAUCAAGAGAUACGAGUAUGGAUCAGAGGAUUAUUUGAAUAGGGUUGAGCCAAAACACAGGAAUGACUUCGAUCGCUACAGAGAAAGGCGAGAAUUGGACCACCGCAUCGAUGAAGAUGACGUAAUCGAGCCAGUAAUAGAGGAGAGAAGAAAUUGGAACGAUCGACAAAGAGCAUUCAGUCGCUCACGACUUGUGGAUGAACAACGACAGUCGUAUGCAGAAGGAGACAGAGACAGAUUUUACGAAAGGGACUAUAGAGAUUUUAGUGACCUAGCCGAUAGGCAGCCGGCGAAAUAUAGACAUAGUUAUGCUGAGCCAAUACCCAGAGGUCGUCUAGGUACUGUCAGACCUUAU